UCGAACUGAUUCACAAUGGAACAGCUCCACUCUAGUAAAAAUUACAUUCAACAAAUUUCCCAUUGCACAUAAAAUAUUAUUAAUUAAUUGAAUUAUAAUUGAGGACAGUUGAUAAGCUCCUACCGAAUGACCAGCGAUUCGCACCAAGCGAACAACUCACGAAUAACGCAACGCACAAAACAGAACCUUGUUUUGUUGCUAUCGAGAAUUGGAGUUGAAUUGAUGCAAAGCUGGCACACAAAAGCACACACAGCGGCAGCAGCAUGCGACGCAACAACUAUCCCUACCAGCCACUGAAUCAGCAUCCAGCAGCGCCCAGUGGGCAAACAGCACCCGAUGCACUCGAGGCAGAAAAUGAACGCGCCGCGGAGGAGUUGCAACAGAAGAUUGGCGCACUCAAAUCGCUGACGAUCGACAUUGGCAACGAGGUGCGCUACCAGGACAAGCUGCUGCGGGGCAUCGAUGACGACAUGGAUCGCACCGGCGGCUUCCUGGGCAACACAAUGACACGCGUCGUGCGACUGGCUAAACAAGGCGGCGGCUCCAAGCAGAUGUGUUACAUGUUCCUCUUUGUCCUCUUUGUCUUUGUGUUGCUCUGGCUGACGCUUAAGUUCAAAUAGUUGCAUCUGUUAAUCUUAAAUAUAACAUAUUUUUAGAUACCAAAAA